CAUGUAAGGCAACCAAACCCACACAGUAUUCUCAUACACGUGGUUGUAAUUAUUGAUAUUAGUUUAAAACUGAAACCAUUGUUUUAUUCUUCUCUGUUUAAGUUGAUCCACAAGAUCAUUGACCUCGGCUAUGCGAAGGAGUUGGACCAGAGCAGCCUUUGCACCUCCUUUGUGGGAACGCUGCAGUACUUGGCUCCCGAGCUGAUUGAGAGGAAGAAGUACACGGUUGCGGUGGACUACUGGAGCUUUGGGACGUUGGUGUUCGAGUGCAUCACAGGAUUUCGGCCAUUUUUGCCAACCUGGCAACCUGUUCUCUGGCACAAUAAACUGCGACUGAAACAAGACAGUGACAUUGUCGUUUACGAGGACCUUUCCGGGGUAGUCCGCUUCUCCAAACAGCUUCCUCAACCCAACAACCUUAACUGGUGAGCUACGUCACUGUACAAAUGCCACUCGGA